UCGGGUUUCAGCCGUUCGGUCGGGCAGUAGUCUCAUUUCGAUGCCAGUUAUUGUUUUAUUUCGUUCCGUAGGAGUACAGAGCUCCCCAAAGUAAAUUUCCCAUUUAUUCACCCCACCGGGUUUUAUUCCGUGUUUUGUCGAUACUCUUUCGUAGUUCGGUAGCCCCCAAGAGCGCGAAGAGUGCGACCUCGAAGGUCUUCGUCCUCGACAUCGACAUCGACAUCUUCUCUGCUAGCGGAACACUUGUGCGCGUGCACGUUCACGUCGCGUGAUCGGAUCGAGCAACGGGAAUGAGUGGCCACCAGUGCAGCCUGGGCAAGCUGGCCCAGCGCGGCGCCCGCCUCCAGAUCUCGCCGCUGGCCUCCUCGGUGCGCAGCUUCUACCACGGCCACAGCCACAGUCUCCACCAGCUGGGCCAGGUAAGCCAACCUGGCCGAGCGAACCACAACCAGAUGAACCAGAUGAGCCAGUGGAGCAGCAGCAGUAUCGGCGGCAGCAGGGAAGCUGCUUCCCUGGAGCGCAACAGCCGGGUGCGCAACAUCGUCGGGGUGAAGAAGACGCCGCUGGUCAGCCAGAUGCAUAGCCUGGGCCCCGCCAAGGUGCCGCCCUAUCGGAUCCAGGGCAAGGCGCGCCUAUUCUCCUCGUCGAGCAGCCUGUCCGCCGCGCGCUCCCAGCAGCAGCUCCAGCAGCAGCAGGCGAUGAUGGAGGAGGAGGAGGACGAGGAGGAGGCGGGCGAGUACGGUGCGGAGCGGUCCCACACGACGGCCUCCAUGUCGGCCACCCAGAGGCGCUACAACCAGGCCGAGGGCUUCGGCAAGGGGAUGGCCAUCCAGGCCGCGAAGGACAUCAGCCGCUCCAUCCAGGAGGAGCUGAUGGUGGUGGACGCGGAGACGCGCGACAUGCUCAACUGCGACCCGGGUCGCCAGGCUCUGCGCGACUACCACGAGCACGUGAAGGCCCGUCGCCAGCGCGCUCCGGUGGAUCCCAUGCAGGGAUGGAAGCACCCGCGCGCCCUCAAGUCCUUUGCCAGCCAGUCCGCGUCCAUUAGCGAUAGCGAGAGGGAGAGCGAGCGGGAGAGGGAGAGGGAGUCGGCCACCCAGAUGCAGGCGCAGGAGAUGCAGGACGAGCGGCACAUGCGGCCGCGUCGCCGCCAGAUAGUCACGGGCCACGCGAGUCGCGGCAGCAUUCCCCUGAAGCAGCCGGAGCUGCACUACCGGUCCAACUACGACCUGUUCUCUCCGAACGCCAGGGAGAAGUUCUCGGACCACCGCAGCGAGCUGCGUCCCCAGACCAGUUGGCACAGCCCCAAGGCGGCGGCGGAGGCGGUGGAGGAGCAGCCGCAGGACCUCCUCAUGGACGUUUCCCUGGCCAGGGCAGUGCGGCCGGACAUCACGGUGGCCAGGGGCAUGCAGAAGCCCGCGGAGGAGCAGGCGAAGGAGUCCGGCGGAUCGUACUACCAGCAGCCGAAGGCGGAGCGCGACUUCCUCAGGCAGGCGUUCCUAGGCGCGGCCAGGAGUCGCCGCAAGGCCGGCCAGUCCCGCUCCGACGAGCUGCAUUCAGAGGCGGCGGAGAACGCGGCGCAGAUGAGCGCCUCGCAGCACGUGAUCAACCAGAAGUACGCCGGCUACCGCCAGUCGUCGGGCCAGAAGCACCCGACCCGCCAGUUCGUGGAGUCUGUCAAUCCCACUCCCCAGCUCAACAGGCAGCCGCGUGCCUUCUCCGAGCCCAGGGAUUCCCGCAGGCGGCGGGGAGGCAUGAAGCAGGGCGCCGAGCGGCAGGCCACGCCCCAGUUCUUCGGGGAGUUGCAGCGGACGGAAGCCACCGAGGAUGAGGACAACGCCGACUGGGGGGAGAAGCCGACCCGACCCGACUCGAAGCGCGACUGGCCGACGCCCCACCACUCGCUGCUCCAGAUGAGCUCGCGGAGCGACUCGCGCCUGGAUUCGGAGACCAGGGAGUCCGGGGAUGGCAGGGAGACCAGGGGGAGUGGCAGGAGCGGACUGGGCGAGAGGCGGGGCACCAAGACCGGCGAGUCCGCCGUGGAGCGCAACGAUAUCGCCAUGCCCCCGAACUACAGGAAGGAGUCGGCCGUGCAGCGCCUGGGAGCUGGCUUCCCCAAGUACAGCAGCCGCGCCUUCAACAGCUACUAGGUCCCCGGUUCCGCCUCCAUUGCCUUCCCGAAAGAGAUUCCUCCCCCAUCGAUGUCCACUGUCGUCCCCCCAGUCAGAUGUUGGCUCCGGUCUGGAGUCCCCGCCAGACGGAGGGAACGCCUUCCGAGCAGAAGGGGGCUGUCAAAAUCCUUGCAAGUCUACCAAAUUGAAGCGUCGCCCAGAAAAUCCCGGCAGUGUCUUUCGCCCAAAGUAGUAAUUUCAACGUGUGCAUUCGUAUUGCCAAUUAAAUCCAGUUCAGUAGUGUGAAGUAGCUUA